AUGGACCUACAUAAGCAAUGGGAGAACACAGAGGCCAACUGGCAUAAGGAAAAGAUGGAAUUGCUGGACCAGUUUGACACUGAAAGGAAGGAAUGGGAAAGUCAAUGGAAGAUCAUGCAGAAGAAGAUAGAAGAGCUUUGUCAGGAAGUAAAACUUCGAAGAAAAAACAACAUGAAUGAACGAUUUAAAGUCAUUGGUCUUGAUCAUGAAAAGGCUGUUCAAGAUAAAAUCUUGGAAUCUGCUCCAAAGGACCCCAGUUCAGAGCAAUCUGAUUUUACAGGGGUGAAUCACAGGGAUGGACUGGGAAAAGAAAAGAAAACAGAGCAGAGCUUUCUCAGUGAAGAGAAUCAAGUGUGUAAGGAACAAAAAGCAACCAAUAAACCAAAAGUUGGGUUUAUAGAUCCUUUGGCCACAGACAAGAAGGAAUAUGAGGCCUGGCCUGGCCAGAAGACUUCUGAGAAAGAAAGUAAGAGCUGCUCUGGAGCCCUCAACACUGCUCUUGAAGAACUUGCCAAAGUUAGUGAAGAGUUAUGCAGCUUUCAAGAGGAAAUUCGGAAGCGGUCUAACCACAGAAGGAUGAAGUCAGACUCUUUUCUCCAGGAAAUACCAAAUGUAAUCAGUGCGCCUCAGAAAGAGCAUCUAAUCAACAAUGACCAGCAUGUUCUUCCAAUCCAUUUAGAAAAAGAAACACAGAAAAUUAGAAAGAAUCUGAGCUAUACCCAUGUGCCCCAAAGCAAUCCUAUGAAAAAAUGUGGAAUUGGUACAAUUGAUUUGCUAAGAAAUGAAACCCCACCAGUUCCUCCUCCAAGAAGCACAUCUCGAAAUUUUCCCAGUUCUUAUUCUGAGCAAGCCCAAGCAAGACUGAAGGCAAGUUUAGAGCACAACAGCUGGGUGACCCACAAGGGCGAAGGAGAAAGGAAUGCCAAUCCUCAAUUCCUUAUGAGGAAACCUACCUUGUGUCCAGAGGAAGAGAAGAUUUUGACAUCAGAGGUCAAGGUAGAUAGUAAGCAUCCAGGUAAUGAAGAUAUCAGACUUCCUGUGUGGUCACAUGACUUUGGAAUGUAUACACAAAAGAGCCUUUCCCCUUUGUGCUUUCAGAAAAACAGCUAUAUACCCAAUAACUUGACAUCAGAAAGGGUGAUUUCAGAACACCUUCCUAAAUUUCCCCCUGAUCUUCAUAUAAAUAAUGACUGUAGUUCCUCCAUAACACAGAGCGGUGGCUCACUUGCAAGCUUCAGUUGUGGCUUUGAAAGGACAACAAGGAAUGAAAAGCUGGCAGCAAAGACUGAUGAAUUUAACAGAACUGUGUUUAGAACGGACCGGAAUUGCCAUGCAAUUCCGCAAACUCAAAACAACUCAAAAUCAUCUGAGGAUCUUCAUCCCUGUGAUAGCACCACAAAAAGUGACAAUGUGACUGGUGCUGUGGAAGCCAGUGAACAUGUACUUGUGUCCAUGGAAAAUAUGAUCAAUAAUCCCACCAAGAAAUCAACAGGCCUGGUCAGACAAAUGCAGGAUUAUGGAAGUCAUAGCAGUAACCAGAAUAUGUUCCCUGAGCAUGACUGGAGACCAAGCGAUUUAUCUGGCCGACCCAGGUCAGCUGACCCGAGGUCAAAUUAUGGUGUUGUAGAAAAGCUGCUGAAAACUUAUAAGACCUCAGUCAGGCCUGCAUGUCAAAAUUCUAAAUGUUUCCAGGAUAACUGGAUCAGAUGUAAUUCUGAUGCCAGUGGUAAUGACACAUUAAGUCAGCAUUUAGAAAUGCAUCCAAUGGCGCAAGAAUUUCAGCCAAAAACAGCUUUGCUUGGGGGACAGCAAGUGAAACAAGGAAUAGAUGAGAACAAGGUAACAGAGGAAUCCAUGGUAAUGAAAGCUUCAAACGGAAAAGGAUUUUCCCGACCUGCUAGACCUGCAAAUCGCAGGCUGCCAUCCAGAUGGGCAUCUAGAUCUCCAUCAGCACCCCCUGCUUUGAGGCGGACUACAUACAACUAUAAUAUUUCUCUGCAAUCUGAGGCACACAUGAUCUAA